AUGUCUGCUCAGACAGUGUAUCCAGCAACAGCUGGUAUCUUCAUGCCUUCUGUAGGCAUCCCACCAAGGGAGGGCCAUGACCUCCCCGAGCUGUCUCGGAACGACCUGGCUGCCCCUCAGCUAGUGAUGCUGGCUAACGUGGUGCUAGCGUCAGAGACUUCUCCCUCUGAAUAUAAUGCAGAGGAGAUACAAAUGGUUGAACUCAAGACUGUUGGAUGCAACAGCUACUCUGACAGUGAGGAAGAGGGUAUUAUCAGAUACACCCUUGACAACAACGAGAUGUCUGAGGACAGGUACGCCGAACAGGCCACUCGGGUAGAGCCAGAGGUGACUGAAAGAGUUCUAGAGCAGUGUGCCAUAGAGCGAACAGAAAACCACUCAAAACCUUCUAAAAAAUACCCAUCUGAAUCCUCAGCUGCAGAGAAACGGAAGUGUGACCCAGUCUUCAUCUUUGAAUGCAACAAAAAGAAGAAGAAGCCCUUCUUCUGUAAACCCUGCCAGUACCAGGCCGAUUGUGAGGAGGACUUCAUUCACCAUAUCCGUGCUCACAGCUCCAAGAAAAUGAGCGUGGCGAAUGGAGCGGCAGACUCCAACGACGAUCUGGCUUGUGAGUCAGGCCAGUCUCUGACAGAAAGCCCAGAGAACAGCGAAAGUUUGAACUACAAAGGCGUGAUCAGCUGUGAGCGUUGUGGAUACAACACCAACCGUUACGACCACUACAUAGCCCACCUUAAGCAUCACACCAAGGAAGGUGAAGAUCAGAGAGUUUUCAAGUGCACCAUUUGCGCUUAUACAACCAUUAGUCAGUACCACUGGAAAAAACAUUUGAGGAAUCACUUUCCAAGCAAGCUUUUCACCUGCAGCCAGUGCUCUUAUUUUUCUGAUCGCAAAAAUAAUUACAUACAGCACAUACGAACCCACACAGGUGAGCGUCCGUUCAAGUGCAUACACUGUGAAUACUCCAGUUCCCAAAAAACCCACCUCACUAGACACAUGAGAACCCAUUCAGGUGAGAGGCCUUUCAAAUGUGACAACUGCAGCUACCUGGCAGCCAACCAACACGAGGUGACACGCCAUGCCAGACAGGUCCACAAUGGGCCCAAGCCCCUAAGCUGCCCUUACUGCCAGUACAAGACAGCCGACCGCAGCAACUUUAAAAAGCAUGUAGAGCUCCAUGUUAACCCUCGCCAGUUUCUUUGCCCGGUCUGCAAAUAUGCUGCAUCCAAAAAGUGUAACUUGCAGUACCACAUCAAGUCCAGACACCCAGGAUACUCUGAUGUGGACGUGUCUAAGGUCAAGCUGCGAGUCAAGAGGCCUGAUGCUGAUGAUCUCCCACCAAAUAAGAAUAAUAAACUUGUGAUAAAUCAGGUUGGAGAGAGACAAAGUAAGGAAGAACAAAAAGGUGAAAUGGAUGAUACUGAAUCAGGUCCCAUCAACCUCUCCAUCAAGACACCCAGUAAACCCACCCCUGCUCUGGAGACAGAACUGACUGACAAGACUUCAAAGAAAAAUGCAGUUGUCAUUUGUAGAGAGAAAAAUGGAAAACCAAUUCAGCAACCCAAUGAAAAAACUGCAGAGAAAAAGACAAUUUUGAAAAAUGAUGGGAAAGAGAAAAACAGUAAGAAGGUUAAAGCAAAGAAUUUAGAGAAAGUUGCGGACAUCACCAUGACUCAAACCGAGGGCUGCACUGACAAACAAGAGAAUAAAAAGGAGAAAGAGAUUAAAAAGAUUGAGAAAUCUGUAGAGAAGGUUAAAAAGGGUCGUGCUAAGAAAGAGAAGCCAUUGAUGGAGACUGCAAAUGAAGUAACUGCACAACAUCAAACCCUUGUUGCAGAGAAGCAAAGGUUGGAAUUGAUUAGACAGGAGAAAGGAAGACUGGAGAACGAUCUUGUAGAUAAAGAACAGCAGCAAAAACAGGAUACAGAGGGAAAAAAUAUACUGGAAAAAGAAAAACAAUUGCAGAAUGAGAACGUGAAGGAGACCGAUGAAAGCAUAAAGGAUUGUAGGGAAUCGCAAACCAAGAAACUAUACAAGAGGCAGACAAAAUCAACGAAGGUUGACACUGGAAAUGAUACAAAGAGUACAGAAGAAGUCCAAGAAGUCAGGGCUAAACCUGUCAAAAGAAAAGCCGAGGCUAUGAACAUACCAGGUACUGAGACUUCAGAACAGAAAUGUCCUUCCAAGCGAGUCAAGAGCAAGAAGAAAAAUGCAACCAAGCUAUCACCUGGUUCAUCAGGUUUUCCUCAAAGCAAUCGCACCAUACCUCAGGUUGUAAAGGCCAUGAAGAGCAAAAGCAAGAACCAGAGAUCAAGUGCAAACAGACCCAAAAGUUGCGUCACUGAGCCUGAGAAGACCAGUGCAAACAUUGUCAGUAAUGCAGGCCCAGAGAAUCUAACCACCCCACAAACUGAAGAACUGCCCACCACAGAACAACUGAAGAUACUUGACCAACCAGACCAGCAGAUACCAACCGUGGUGACCUGCCAAGAUGAGGGAGUUCACAAAGAGACUAGUUCUGUUGAGGAGGAACCCACAGUUGGAGUAACAGCUCUGAGCCAACUCCAGGAACCAGAGCUAGAAUUGCUAAGAGAAAUGGAAGGAAGGAACUCAGCAGAACCAAAGGAAGUUUUGGAGGUAGACAGUGGAAGUGAGAUGCUGUCACCUACUGCCAGCGAGACCUCUCCUGGAUUCAGCCAACAGCAGCCUGUUUUUAGCCCAACACUUGAACUUCCUGGUCCACCUCGUCUCAAAUCCACUGAGGCAGAAGAUGAUGAGGGUAUCCAUAGCAAUGAUGGGGGAAGUGACAUCAGUGAUAGUGCAUCUGAAGGAAGCAAUGACUCUGGUCUUAACGGACUGGCCGCUGCUACAGAUGGUGGAGAGAAACUCCCAGAAACUCCUUCAGAGGAGCUUCCAUCUCCAACCAAACUGCUUAGUCACACGUGUAUCUUCUGUGACCGUACAUUCUCGUUGGAGAUGGACUACCGUCGUCACCUUAACCGCCAUCUUGUAAAUGUGUAUUACUUGGAGGGCGCGGCUCAGGGUGAAAAGUGAGGACUCUUUUGUAUCUUAGACAACUAAUGAGCAAGUCUCUCUAAGCCUUUUCACUUCUGGAGUGAACAAAGUUGUGUGAGUUGAAAAAAAUCUGAGGUGGGAUGCUCUGAAUGUCUACUCAAUGAUUUUCAGUGUUUUGCUUAAAAAAGAAAAAAAAAAUUGGCUUUAGCUUUAAACAGAAAAGGUUAGUUAGUGAUUUUAUAAGAACAUCUUUACAUCUUGUGGCUAUACAUUUAAAACCCUACUGUAACCAUAUCACAAGGGAUACAUUUAAUUUUUGUACUUAUAACAAGACUUGCGCAUUGUCAUUCAAUCACAAACUAACUGAAUCUUUGCUUCGUUAUGUGCUCUGUGACAAAAUGAUCAACAUCACUUUUUUCCUGCAUUUAUUGUCACACUAUUUGGAAGCAACAAAAGCAGGGCCACUCUGAAAGGAAGUACACUUUCUCCCUCCAUCUUUGCAGAGAGUUGAGAUUAGUCAGACCCAGGUGGUCCAGUUCUGAAUAGCCCGGAUGAUAAUGGGCCUUUCAGUGUCUUUGUGCUGUUCCACUUCACUGAAGCGCCUCCAUCUCUGGUCAGCAACAGUCGUAGUGUGUGUCUAAAGCUGGCUAAAGUCAUUGUACUCUUUGUUUCUUUGUAGCCUUUUACAGUUUAGAGUGCACUUGACAACCAACCAUAAUCUUAUCUUUUGAGGUUCUGUUUCACAUAAGCUAAACAUUUCAUUUUAACACAAUAAGAUUUUUACUCAAUUCCUACAGUGCUUUCUUUGAUUAAAUUGCUCUGCCUUUUAAGGAGAGUAACAUAUAUAGGUUUGUACAGUUUAAGAGAGUAGCAGGUAAAAGGUUCAUUUCUUUCAUUGUAUAUUAGCUAUCAGAGUUUAUACAUUUAUAAUUUGUCAUUAAGACUGAAUAUCUCACCUCUUGUAGAUUCUUUCCUUGUUCAGUUUCUGAUAAGACUUCAAUUCAUGCUAAGUCCAAAGAUUUUGAUAUACGGUAAUGUUUUCCUUUUCUUUUUUUGCUCUUCGAUGCCUCAGACAAUCAAUUUGAGCAUUUUAAAUCUCAUUUUCCAGUGGCUAGAUGGCCUUUUCUCCCUCUUUUAACCAUACAGCAUUCCCUCCCACACAUCAAAUGCAUUAUCUGCAUUGGAAAACUAUUUAUCCAAAGUUUAUCUAAACAUAUCUGAGUGACACUUUGUUUAUUGUGUGGUUGCCACAACCUUUAUGACAGUCAAUAUCUGCCAUGCUAUUCUCUCUUAAAAGAAAAACUGUAAGAGAAUAGUUACAGAAAUAUAUUGCCUUUAGUGCAUUCAGUGCAAUAUUGAAUUUUGGAUGUUACCAAAGCCAAAUGUAAUUGUUGUUGAGUUUUAGGAGCAAAAUCAUAGUCUUCAGACAGAGAUGUGGUGCUCCUAUAAAACUAUCCACAGGUACUCCAGUGCCCCUGUAAAACUGCACACUUGGACGGUUGGACACUUUAUUACUGUAAAUUUGUCCUCAUCACUUUUUGUGUAUGUUAAGUACUGUUUUUCUUUUUUCUUCUUUAAAGUAGCUCGAUUACAGUUCACAACUUAGAUCUUUUGAUUCGUUUACAUGUCAUGGUAACCAAGUUUGUGACCGUCGUUUUAAUUUCUUUGUAAAAGUAGUCAAAUUAUAUCAGUUGAAAUAUAAUGUCCCCUUGAAUCAAGUUGGUAAUAAUGAUUAUAUUUGUUUUUAGAGCAACAAUUUGGAAGACUGUUUAAUGUGAACUGUGUUGUGUUUAGCUGGACAUUUCAAUAAAACAAAAUU